GGGAUGAAAAUUUUGGGUUGUAUGUAUUUUUGUAUGCUGUAUCAUAAAAAUAUAAAAACAAAAGUUUUAGUCUAAAAAAUAAAAAUAAAAUAUUUAAGGGUGGACCACCCUUAACGUUUAGGAGGAUGAAAAAUAUAUGUUGUUUGAUUCUCAACCCUGACCGAUAUGCACGCUAAGAUUCACGAAAAUCGGUCGAGCCGUUUCGGAGGAGUUCAAUCACGCACCCCGUGACACGAGAAUUUUAUAUAUUAGAUCUAAUUAAGCCGGUUGCAGACCGAAAACUAAGCUAUGCCAAAGCUCAACUAAGCAAGCUGGGCUAAGCUAAGAACACCUUUGCAUCGCUAGAUAUGAAUGCACCGGACGUCUUAUCCUCUAGGCCACGACGACUUCAUCCCACUCUUCCCACUUUCCUCCACUAGCUCGGCGGCGACUGGUUGGUGCAGAGAGAGAGGCGCCCCCUGACCUGCAACACACUGCACUCGCAAUACACUAAAUUGCUUUUGGUAGGCAGUGGCUUGGCUCUGCCCCUGGCAUUGCUGAAGUCCAUGGGCGACGGUAACCACUCACCAUCAGGUGGGCCGUAUGCCCGUCUGCCUACAAAGGCAAUAAAAAAAAAAAAAAAAAAGAAUAAAGUAAGGGUGCUUUCGCUACAAUAUGCCGACGAUCUCUCGGGCUACCUGUCGGCAGGCAGUAGGUGUCCGGACGUGAUGGCGGCGCACGCUCUCAGAGCUGAGACUGAAGCUAGAUCCCAUCGGUGCCGCGGUUGCCCUGCGCUUCGAGCAGAUGUAGGUCUGACAAGACAGCGACCUUCAGUUGUGGAAGCCGCGCGUCACGGCACACGCUAUAUAACAGGAGGCGAGCUCGCGCUCUCUGCAGUGCCGCUUGCUCCACGCUCCGCAGGGUUGAGGCGGCUGUAGUAUCCGUGUGUCGCGGCUCCUGUCACAUUGCGCUGUCUCUCACCUCGGCCUUAAUCCGGGAUUCCAUUUAAUCAGAGCGAGGAGGGACAAUGGCUGAUAUGUCAGAAGAGGCUCCGAUCCUUCCAAGGUUCUACGCGGGGAGAUCGGUCUUCAUUACGGGAGGCACCGGCUUUAUGGGAAAGGUGUUGGUGGAGCGUCUACUGUCCACGUGCGAUGAUAUCCAGGAGGUGUUCCUCCUCGUGCGGGAGAAGAAGGACGUGCCGCCAGAGAAGAGGCUCGCUCAGUUCAAGCAGUGUCAGAUAUUCGAGAAGGUUCGGGAGCGGUGUCCGUGGCAGCUCGACAAGCUGCGCGUGCUCCCCGGGAACCUGGAGCGACCCCUGCUGGGACUCGAACCGGUGACUAUCGCUCGACUACACCAGGUGUCGGUGGUGUUCCACAACGCUGCGACCCUCAAGUUCGACGAGGCUCUACGCAAGGCGGUCGACCAGAACGUGCGGGGCCUCCUGUCCCUCGUCGACGUGUGCGACGCCCUGCCGAACCUCGAGGCGCUGGUGCACGUGUCCACUGCGUACAGCAACGCGGAGCUGUCGAGGGUGGAGGAGCGCGUGUACGCGGCGCCGGUGCCGCUGCAGCAGCUGCUGGCGCUGGCCGACGCGCUGCCGGACCAGCUCGCCGCCGACCUCACGCCCAGGUACAUCCACCCGAAGCCGAACACUUACACGUUCACGAAGGCGAUGGCGGAGUGCGUGCUGCAGGAGAGGACCAGCCGCCGCUACCCGGUCGCCAUCUUCCGACCGACCAUAGUGAUAUCAGCAGACCGGCACCCGGUCCCGGGGUGGAUAGAGAACUUGAACGGGCCGAGCGGCGUCGUCGUGGGGGUCGGCAAGGGGCUGAUGCACGUGUUCAGAGCGAAGCUCGCGCUGCGGGCCGACUUCAUCCCGGUCGACGUCGUCGUGGACAACAUGAUCGCCGUUGCCUGGGAGACGGCCUCAGAACCGUGCGGCUCCUUGCGCGUGUACAACUGCGCGUCGGGCGAGCACGCGACGCGCUUAUCGGACUUCAGAGCCACCGCAGUCCGCGUGCUCCGGAGCCUCCCGCUGGACUCAGGACUCUCCUAUCCCUUUCUGAUCGUGGUGCAGAACAGGUUCGUGUACCGGCUGCUGGAGUUCGUGCUGCAGACGGCGCCGCUGCACGUGGCCGAGUGCUUGCGGCAGACCGACGGGCAGAAGGCGAGGUUGAGUUUCACAACGGCAGGGCGGCGCAUACGAGCGAUGACGGAGGUGCUGCACUUCUUCGUGCUGCGCGAGUGGACGUUCCCGUGCGACAACAUCCGGCGGCUGCGGCGGCGGCUCACGGCGCGCGACCGCCGCAUCUACCACCUGGACGUCGCGGAGGUCCAUUGGGACGAAUUAUAUUUAAACUUCGUGAAAGGAACAAGAAAAUAUUUACUUCAGGAAAAGGAAGAAGAUUUGAAAGAAGCGCAAAAAAGAAUGAAGAGAUUGCGUCUCGUCCACUACACCACCAUCGUGUUCCUCGUCUUACUAUCCUACAAACUAAUUAAGUUUUUCCUAAAUUUGUUUAUGAACAACUAAAUAUCCAGUGUUUAAGCUAAAACAUGAAAUAUGAGACUGGUUAAAGAUGAGUGAUUUUAUUUAUUUUUGCUUAAGUUGGUGGGAAAGCUCUCGACCCACCUGUGUUACGUGGUUACCGGAGCCCAUACACAUCUGCGAUGAAAAUGUCGCCACCUACCUCAAGACAUAAGUUCUAAGUCUCAGUUUUAACAGUACAACGGCUGCCCUACCCUUCAAACCGAAACACAUUACCUACUGCUUCACGGUAGAAAUAGACAGGGUGGCGGUACCUACUCGUGCGGACUCAAGAUGUCCUACCACUAGUAAAAGGUGAUAUGGUGUGAUAAAUAUUAUCCAAUGAAAUCCUGUGAUAGUGAGCUAGCACACAUUGACUCGCCACUGUAAAGCGGAUGUUGCAAUUAAAGUUUUGGAGAUAUUUA